AUGGGCAAAUCGGACAGAAUCACCCAGUACUGUUGGAAGUGCAGGGUUGACACACACUUCUUCGACCCGGCCAAAUGUCAGAACAACUCUCAAGGCGACGCGAUCUCCGAGCCUCCUGCAUCCGCACCCGGCCCGCAAAACUCACCCAAGCCGCCCGCUCCCGCUCCCACUCCCGCUUCCGCUUCCGUUGCAUCUGCGUCUGCAUCUGCACCGACAGCUAAACCGUCCCUUCCACGAACAGGAAAGAGAUCCGCGCGCCUGAAGAACACGCCCAUGGUCCAGGAUGUCUUGAAGAAGGCUGCGCGGGCUGCGAGUCUUGAACGUGGGAUGCUGGAUCCGUGUCUGGAUCCGGCCUUGGCAUCUCUGCCGACUCCCAUGGCUCCUCUUCCGGCGACCAAGUUGACCUUCCCUACUAUUCCCAUGGUGCAGGGGGCUUCGGAUAAUGCGUCGGCUACUGCGGCUCUUCCGGCUACGAAGUUGACGUUCCCUUCGGCUCCUAUGGCCCAGGGUGCUUCGGAUAAUGCGUCGGCUGCUACGGCUCUUCCGGCUUCGAAGUUGACGUUCCCUUCGGCUCCUAUGGCUCAGGGUGCGUCAGGCAAGGCGUCUGCUUCUGGUGGUCCACCCCAGGGCUCGAAGUUGACGUAUCUUUCCGCACCUAGGGCCCAAAGCUCGAAUCCCUCUCUCGCUGCCGGUCCCAAGGCUCAAGAUGUCUCCAACAAGGCGUCGAUCUCUAGUCAUCUCGGCCACGCAAACCCCGGCUCGUCUCCGGAAUCAGGUUUCACCUACAUCCCGGCUAUCAGAGCUUCGGGUAUGUCAGGAAAGGCUUCGGGCGCUGCCGCCAUCAAUAACGGAUUCGGAACCCUGGUCCCAUCCCGGAGAUUCAAGUCUCCCGCGUAUUCCUCCCAGGUUUCGGCUCCUGCGGCGGCCAACUCCUCUGGACCCGGAAUGGUUGCUCCGUAUUAUCAAGACCCGAGGGCUGUCGAAUAUUCUUUUGGUCCGAAUCAUUCAGGAGGAAAUGCGUCGGGUUCUAACGAUAAUAAUAAUCUUGGAAGAGGAAUGCGUGCACCGUCGUCUCGGAGCUCGAAGUCUCCUGGGUAUUCUUUUGGUCAAGACAAUUCAGGGCAAGCUUCUGGUUACGGUACUCGGAACAUGUCGGGUCCAGCUUCAGGCUAUGGCAACCAAGGCAGUUCAGGAGAAGAUUCAGGUUAUGAUAUCUCAAAGCAAGCUUCAACCUAUGACCCGGGACCUGCAGGACCAUCCCAAAGCUGGGAUCAUUCCUCGAAUCAAGCCAUCUCGGGAGGUUAUGGUACUCAGAACAUCUCAGGGCGAGCUUCAGGCUAUGGUAACCAAGGCACCGCAGGACAAGCUUCAGGUUAUGGUAACCAGGGUAUCUCAGAGCAAGCUUCAGCUUAUGGUAACCAAGGCACCGCAGGACAAGCUUCAGGUUAUGGUAACCAGGGUAUCUCAGAGCAAGCUUCAGCUGGUGGUAAAUCUGGACUCGGCAUGCCCGCACAGCCGUCUCAAAGCUCGACGUCUCCGGAAUAUUCGUUUGAUCAGGGUAUAUCAUCAAAUCAGAUGUCGGGCUAUGGUCAUCCUGGACUCGGAAUGUCUGCACCACCACCUCAAGGCUCCACGUCUCCUGAAUAUUCGUCUAGUCAGCGCAUGUAUAAUCAGGCGGCGGAUUAUCAGAGUGCUGGAUCUGGAAUGUUUGGAUCAUCACCCCAGCGCUCGCAAUCUCCUGAGGGCUCCCCAUCUCGCGAUGACGCUUUUGGUCAGGGAGUUUCUGCAAAUGCUCCAUCUGGACAAGGCUUGAGGUUGACGUCUUCUGACCAUUCGUCUGAUCAAUGGGUGUAUAGGCCGGUAUCGAACUAUUCGAGCCUUGCGUUUCAGAGGGGUGAGUUUAACUCUGAUGAUCUUGAUAUCUCCGAGCAGAUUCCGACUUCGGUUGGCGCUGGCAACGAGGGAUACAGAAUGCUUGUCGAGCCGGGUAGAAAUUCGAGUUUGAUAUCUCCCCAAUCUGCAUCGGCUCAAGGCUCGAGCUUCACCUUGAACUCUACGGAACCAGCAAACAUGGUCUCUAACAACCUCAAUCUCGCUCCUCAGCGCGGCCGCGCCAACGCGAACCAACCAGCUACGUCGAGUCGCGUGGCUGCUCAGACAAAUCUCGUGACCAACCACAUCUCCGGCAGCAGCAUGAAUUUGGCAAUAUCCCUCUCACCAACUCCGCAGCCACAACCACCCAUGAUCUACAACUCCCCCGGUCCUCAGACAAUCAACAGUGACCAUAACGGCGACGGCGACGACAGCAACGUCAAAUACUCCAUCGAACCUCACCCCGAGAGCCCAAGACCAGUUCGUGCCGCUCCUACCAUGUCCGUCAACUCGUCUCCACCGACUUAUGACGAGGCUACCGACAACCCCAAUGUUCCUGCUUUCGCUCAGGCUCAGGCUCAGACUCAAGCUCGGGUUCAAACUCAGCCUCAAGCUGGUAAUAGAGACGGACUGAAUCUUACUUGGCAGGGAUACCAAGAGUACUUGAACGAUUCCAACAUGGAUCUCUCUGUGCUUGACAACACGGGUCGUGGCAAUGGCGCUCCUGCUUCGAGCAACUCUCAAGUCGCGGCCUCGUCGUAUGCUAGGCUGGCUGCUCCGAAUCAGAUGCGUCAGGACAUGAAUCCGCGUGGUUACAAUGGUGCCCCUGCGGUCCAACCCCCACCCCAAUACCAUCACCUCCGCAGCCCGAGCAUUGGUCCUUACGGUCCCGGUCCCGUUCGUGGCCCUCCCAUCAUCGACUACAACAACUACGGUGGCCUGCCAGACGCUCAUCAACACCGUGUCCCCUCUUCCGGACCCGGCCCUCAAAACAUGAGUGCAGGUGUCAUGGGAAUAGGCAUGGCUGUGAACGUCGGUCCGGAUGGAGUCCUCAGAAACAAUAACCAAGGCUACAACAUGGGCGGUCCGAAUGCAGUCCCCAGAAACCAUAACCAGGGCUACAACAUGGGCGGAGGAUACGGUGCAUCAGCUCCUCAACCUCAACAGCAACCCCAGCAGCAACCCCAGCCCCGAGGUCCUCUCCAAAACCACCUUCAACACUUCAGCACAAUCCUUCUAGGUGCCAACCCCGAGCUGAUUGACCACUUCGUCCUAGCCGACGGCCGCAGAGGUGUCCGCAUCUGUAUGCGCCCCAUGAUCAAGCCGCCCAUCUACGAUGCGAACAGAGCCCCCAUCCCCGCCAUGUUCGUCUCCCGGCUGUCAGCCUACGCUGCGGAACAUCAGGUCUGGGCCCGCGAGGCAGAGGUCACUAGUGUCUUGAUGCAGCAGUGCCUGGGUCUUAGCAACGCCAUCCCAAACUUCGUGUCGAGUGAGAACGGCAUCACGAUGUGGCUUGUCUUCCCGCACACGCAGGAGAAUGCCGAUAAGCUUACGCGUAUCAUGGCAGAUGCUAAUCAGGUCAUCAACGCUCUGGCAAUCAGCCAACAGUGGAACCGCGGCAUGGUUGGAGGUGCUGGUGGUGGCAAUGGCGGUGGCCAUGCUGGUGCCCCUCCUGGCGUUGGUUUCCGACCCCUUCAACCAGGUGGUUUGCGACCUAUCGAACCAGCUGGGUUUGGUGCGGCACCCAUGAUGGUCAACAAUGAGGAAGAAACCGAACUCGAUUCUCCAACUCCCAACAGCGGACAUGGAGGUGCUGCCGCGUUUCUCCAUUCACAGGCUGUCAAGUCCUGCAAGCAAACCCCCAUCAAGAACGAGGACCGCAUGAUGGGCACUGGCACACCACCCGCCGCCGCCGCCGCUCCCAAGAAAACCCCGGCGGCCAAGCGCAAGGUGUCCGGCGCUACCGGAGACUCGAGCAGUGGCACCUCCGGCCAAGCCGCCAAGAGAAAGAGACUCGCUCCGAAGUCGAAGGCCGUCAAGGCUGCUGCCGCUGCUGCCGUCUCGGAAGGAGGCGUGGCCGGAGGCAUGGAUGCAGGAGGUCCGAACGGCUACAACGGCUACAACGGCAGUAGUCCCGGCGGCAAUUCCAACUCCAACAACAGCACCCAGCUGACGUCGUCCUCCUCUCCCGCUGGCUCCUCCGUCUUCCAAGACAGCAGCAGCCCCCCCGGCGGCUUCCCUGCGCCAUCCUCCUAA